UGUGGAAUAUAGACCCCCCUAUUUAUAGAGCUGGCGAAGGCCUGGCAAGCCUGGGCUCUUCACAAACUUUUCAUUUAAACAGUCACCCCGUAGCAGUCCACCAAAUGCACAGUGACACACACAGACGGCGAGGAACAGGAUGUGCCUGCUCAGGUAGGGAGAAGUGAAAAACCAAAUCCGAGCGAGGCUACAGGCGACUGGAGGAGCAAGCCGGACAGCGGGGCUGAAUCUCGGUGACGAAUUAAAGGCCUGCUGGACUUGACAACAACCUUGUCCACCUGUCAUCGCGGAGAGCUGUUGUUGAGGACCGAUGUCUGGAUACAACUCUUAAAGGAAAGCAAUGAGAUAGGAAACUUUUCUACACUGGACAAGAGCAGAGGGAGACAGUAAGCAAGACAUUGAGACUUUAAUGGACAUCUACUGAAAAAAGGACCAGACCAAAACAAAAUAUGGCUUGUUCAUUGCAGAGAUAAAUGCAAUUUAAGGAUUUAUAAGCCAAAGAAGAAAUAAAUGUACCUUUUUUUUUUUGUUUAAAUCCAUUUACAAUCUGAUUGUUGAAAUCGUUAACAGAAAACUUCCACACAUCUGCCUGUAAACGUAACCUGAUCUAAAGCAGGCUGCUCUGAUUGCAAAGCAAGCUCAGACAUUUGCAAUUAGUGGUCAUCUUGAAGAGCAAACCCAGAAAAAGGGUGAGGUCUGUGCGAAAGCGGGGAGUUGUCCGUAAGAACGCCAACACUGAGAACAAGAAUAUCCCGAAGAGAGGCAUCUGACUCAAAGGCUUGGCGGCGGCAUGGAUUCUCAUGGGGGACACUACCUCAACAAGGACGCCGUGCUGUCACCUUUGGGUGCAGCCCGGAUAUGCCAGCUGGUACUUGGCUGCACCAUAAUCUCCCUGGUGUCCCACAGCGCAGGUUACAGCGCAAACUACGGGACCUUCUGCAUGUUCGUCUGGUGCUUCUGCUUCACCGUCACACUGGUCGUGUUCACCUUGGACAUCACGCGGCUCCACGGCUGCAUGCCCAUUUCCUGGGACAACUUCACCGUGGCCUUCGCCAUGCUGGCGACGCUCAUGUACAUCACCGCCUCCGUGGUCUACCCGGUUUACUUCCUCCAGACAGACUACGCCGAAGGGGACUACGAAGUCCAGAUCUACCGCAUUUCCGUCACGGUCUGCUCCAGCGUCUGCUGCUUCCCGUACGCGGUGGAGGUGUUCCUGACCAGAGCGAAACCGGGAGCCGUGGUUGGCUACAUGGCCACGGUGUCGGGUCUGCUCAAGGUGGUCCAGGGGUUUGUGGCCUGCAUCAUUUUUGGGGCCCUUGCUAACGACAGCGAGUACAACCAGUAUAUCGCCACACAGUACUGCGUGGUGGUGUACAGCCUCUGUUUCUCUGUCACGGUGAUCGUCAUCGUGCUGACGGUGUCCGGAAGAACAUCCGCGCUGAGGUUCCCCUUCGAUCGCUUUGUGGUGGUCUACACGUUCUUCGCUGUGAUCCUCUACCUCAGCACUGUACUGAUCUGGCCCAUCUUCAGCUUUGAUAAAAAGUACGGCAGCACGGCUCGCCCCGAGGACUGCCCGCGGGGAGAAUGUCCCUGGGACAGCAAGCUGGUUGUGGCAGUCUUCACCGGUGUCAACAUGGUGUUAUAUUUUAUCGACCUUGUUUACUCCCAGAGGAUUCGCUUUGUCUCCAGCUCUGCCGUCUGAAAAUAAGCCCAAAAAAACUUUAAUUCCAGUUUUUGUGAAGGACCUUUGACCCAUAACUUAAUAGUGUUAUACAUUAGAAUAAUGUAAUAUGUACUAUGCAGUGUUAAAAAUGUUUCUUUCUCCAUUUGCACCUGGAUGGUCCUGCAACCUACUAGACUUUGUCCAUCUUACAAAGACUGAAAGAUUUAUUUAUUUGUUGCUGUAAAGCCUUCAACUAGAAGUAAAAUAUAGCUUGGACGUGUGUCCAAUAUGUUAGGUUUACGUACGCACCAAGUGUUGAUGUUGGAUUUAGUGUUUUAUAGUGUUUUCUUUCUAUACGAUUUUGUAGUUUUAAAUGCCUUAAUAAUAAGUGGCUUGCCACUUGUUACAGAAAUGUGUCUGAUGAAUUUGAAAAUGAAACCUGUAAAGUAUCAGUGUAUUUAAUUGAAUUCCUGUUUCACUACAUUUUGAGCACUGAAUGUGUGUAGGAUUUGUUAUUCCCAUAUUUCCCGUGUUCAAUAAAAUGCCCAAACAUAGGC